CAUCCCACCUGACUCUUGCAGUGCACCCUCUCUCUCUCUCUCUCUCUCUCUGGGCACUUUUUUUCCUAUCCCCAGGAAAGAUAGAUAAUCUUUCAAGGUAUGAGCAGGAGGGGGUCUUGUAGUGGUAUAUUUAAAUCAACAUCCUCCGGUAUAACGAUCAGUAAUGUUUACUAUCGUCACUAUCUACUCCAAUUUUACGAUAUUUCGGGGGCUGUCUUGUUUGGUGAAUUAUUUACUGUUAUCAUUUACAGCAACGCCACAUUUUUCUUUCGAUGUAUUCACAUAAAGAACAUUCUGAGUUUGACUAAUUAUUAUGUAAUUUGCAGCCUCAUUUCCUAUAACAUCAUCCACCAUUGAUUGCACUUUUGUUUGGUGCUACAGUAGAUGCUGCAUUUUUAUUAUCUAAUUCGUGAUUAUUAUUUCUGUUAUAAAUAAAAAAAACCUCCCUGUCGAACUUUUCAAUUCGCAUAAUUUCUUGCU